AGAGCUGCAAGAUGGCGGAGCGCGGCGGCUUCGGUGAAGCCGCAACUGCUGUAUCUCUUUCUGCACCUGCUCCUGGCAGGAGCCCGCCGCUAGGCUGGAAGGAGCGGCUGCGGGCCUGGCUGGCAGGGGCUGGGGCCUCGUUGUGGUUCGUGGCUGGGCUGGGGCUGCUUUACGCUCUGAGGGUCCCUCUGAGGCUGUGUGAGAACUUGGCAGCGGGUGAGAGGACCAGACCUCCCGGGGACGGGCCAGGGGCCAGACAGGUGCCGGGGGCAAGGGCCAAAGGGCAGAGAUUCUCGGUAGUCGUCGAGGGCUUCGGAAAAGUCUGUGAUACGCGACCAAUGGCAGUAUUUUUAAAUUCAUUGACACCCAAAUUCUAUGUGGCACUUACAGGGACAUCUUCUUUGAUAUCAGGACUAAUAUUUAUAUUUGAAUGGUGGUACUUCCAUAAGCAUGGCACAUCUUUUAUUGAGCAAGUAUCUGUAAGCCAUUUGCGACCACUGAUGGGAAGAACAGAGAGCAGCAUUUCAGAACCAGGUUCUUCUUCCAGCAAUGGAGAAAGUGAAACCAGCAGGCAGAAUUUGUCAGAAUGCAAAGUAUGGCGAAAUCCUCUAAAUCUUUUCAGAGGAGCAGAAUAUAGCAGAUACACUUGGGUGACUGGUAAAGAACCACUUACAUACUAUGACAUGAACUUGUCAGCUCAGGACCAUCAGACCUUUUUCACCUGUGACACAGACUUUUUACGUCCUUCAGAUAUAGUUAUGCAGAAGGCAUGGAGGGAAAGAAAUCCUCCAGCUCGAAUCAAAGCAGCCUAUCAAGCUUUAGAGUUAAACAAUGAGUGUGCCACUGCAUAUGUUCUACUGGCUGAGGAAGAAGCAACAACUAUUGUAGACGCUGAAAGGUUAUUUAAACAGGCACUCAAGGCAGGAGAAACAAUUUAUAAGCGGUCACAGCAAUGCCAGCACCAGAGUCCUCAGCACGAAGCUCAACUGAGGAGAGAUACUAAUGUACUAGUAUACAUUAAAAGAAGAUUGGCAAUGUGUGCAAGAAAAUUAGGAAGAAUAAGAGAAGCAGUAAAAAUAAUGAGAGAUUUGAUGAAAGAAUUUCCUCCUCUCACCAUGUUGAACAUCCAUGAAAAUCUCUUAGAAUCACUUUUAGAAUUACAGGCCUAUGCAGAUGUUCAGGCAGUCCUAGCAAAAUAUGAUGAUAUAAGCCUUCCAAAGUCAGCAGCUAUCUGUUAUACAGCAGCACUAUUGAAGACAAGGACUGUUUCAGAUAAAUUCUCUCCAGAAACAGCCUCUAGAAGAGGGCUAAGCACAGCAGAAAUUAAUGCUGUGGAAGCAAUUCAUAGAGCUGUGGAAUUUAAUCCUCAUGUUCCAAAAUAUUUACUAGAGAUGAAAAGUUUAAUUUUGCCUCCAGAACACAUUCUGAAACGAGGUGAUAGUGAAGCAAUUGCUUAUGCUUUCUUUCAUCUUCAGCACUGGAAGCGAAUAGAAGGUGCUCUUAAUCUGUUACAGUGUACAUGGGAAGGCACUUUUAGAAUGAUUCCAUAUCCAUUAGAAAAAGGACAUCUAUUUUACCCUUAUCCCAGCUGCACAGAGACUGCUGAUAGAGAGCUGUUACCUACCUUUCAUCACGUUUCUGUUUACCCAAAGAAGGAGCUUCCUUUUUUCAUCCAUUUCACAGCAGGACUGUGUUCUUCUACAGCAAUGAUAGCCCUUCUCACACACCAGUUUCCUGAAAUCAUGGGUGUUUUUGCUAAAGCUGUGAUCUCAACAAAAUUAAAAGAACUGAUAUUCAGAGAAUUCAGACCACAUAAUCACCUUCUGAUCUCAUCAGAAUUUCAAGCAUUUUGGAAAUAAGACAUAUAUGUACUGUUCAAAGUAUAGAAAAGGGCUAUAUUUCCAAUUAAUAAGGAUGAGGGACCAUCCUGGUUUUGAAAAUGAAAUAAUGUGGUGUCAUUGUGAAGCAAAGGGGACUAGUAAGAGUUUGGACCAAAAUUACUUGGCUCUAUGGACAUGUGAGAGAGAAUAGGAAAGAUCUACCCAGAAUUUCCCAGACUUCACUUGUUAAUGUCAAAGUUACAUUUGGCAGUCACUGAUUCUGAAAACAGGCAUGUAUCAUGUUAAUUUAAAAACUAAAUAAAGGAUAUUGAGAUAAGGCAAUAAAAUAAGUUUCCUUUAGCUUUUCUUCCAAGCUGAAUUUUGCUGAUCAAUUCUGCAUCCUUGACAAUUCUACACCUUUACUACAGGGGUAACCAUCAAGAUUAUUUUCAAGUAACUAAAAAAUAUUUCCAAUCUUUAUUUGGCUGUCUUAGUAAAGUAAUAUGUAUUAGCUGGAUCACUGGGGAUAUGACCUUAAAAUACAUAUUUUGAAAUAGGCAGUCCUUGAGUUUAUACAAAUUAGGCAUGUAAUCAAUAAAUACAGUAAAACAAUGGAAGUAUAUGGAGUAGAAGAGUAGGCCCAAGGUUGUACUAUAGGGUUGAAGGAUAUACUGAUUUAACUCAGUGUUGCAGCAGAAGAAAGGAAGUAAGAGUAUCUGAACAAUGAGUUGGAGGCAGAAGACUAGGGAUCAGACUUUGGAAUUUACUUGAUUGGUGACUGUUACUUCUCUAGCAGUCUAUAUCUGAGCUUGUCACACCUAGUGGAAUAAGCAGAAAUUAUUAUUCUUUGGGUAGGUUAACAAAAUAUACAUCUCCAGAUGGUGAGUUAGAUUCAUGAUGGCAUCUUCUAAUUCAGAGGUCUAAUAUGUAGCACAUGGGUAAGGAGGCACAUUCAUAUAUCUGGAUGUUAGGGAGCCCACUCUGAUCCAUUUGCCUGCAUUCCUGUUCAUACUAGUGAUGGUGUCUGCUAAUAUCAGGUCCCCAGAGAAAGAUGUAAACUCCAGCUCCACUGAGUUCCUGCAAAGUUACCAUCUACUUCUAUAGGACUUGGAUAAAGAUAAUGAAAAGUUACUUAACUUUUUUUUUUUUUUAACUUUUAUCUUUCAGAUGGCAUUGAGAGUAACCAAAUCUCUUUUUUGGCCUCAAGUUCUAUAUUGAAUUUUUUAAAUUGCUUUUUGAGCAAUUACUUUUCCCUUGUUGCUUAACCAGUCAUACAAGUUGAGACUUCUGGUCUCUAUGCCUAUUCUAUAAUAGGUGCUCUGGGAGAACAGAUGAAAAAUAAUAAGUCAGUUAGAUAUUUUAUGAGUAUUGAAAUCCCUUCCAUUCAGAAAUGUAAAUAAAAUAACCAGCAUGAGCAAUCAGCUUAUGUCAGAUUCCAUGGGUUUAUGUUACAUAGGGAAAUUAUAGUGCAACCUGAAACAUGCUUCUUAAUGAAUUCAUAGUGCUGUCAUAGUUGAAUGUAAACCCUUGAGCUUUUCUUUUGUGAAGGGUUUCAGAAAUCACCUUUUAUAAACUGCCUAGGGGAGUGGGGAAAACUAAGAUGAUACUAACAAAUGCUAUCACUGUGUAGUGGCUACCUCCCUUCCAACACCAAAUUGUGCCAGUUAAACCUAGAACACUGCUCACCUUUUGGCUUAUGUGCUUAAAACAUAUAUACUACAUACUAUACUACUCAAUGUGCUUAAAACAUAUAUACUACACUGGAUCAGACCCACAGUCCAAUAUACUUUUUCUGAAAGUGGCACCAGAGAACUGCUCUGGAAGAACAGGAUUGUCCUUGUGGUUUUUAUUCUCAGAAGUUAGGGAAGUCUGGUUAAGAAGUAUUGCAGAAGACUAGUAAAUAGCUGUUUUUACCUUCAGCAAAUGCAGGAAGCCAGACACCUAACUGGAAAUCAUGAAAUCAGAAUUUGUCUCCUUCUUUGGCUGCUGCUCCUUAUAGUAUACUAGAAUUAUCUCGUUUAUUAGUGAACUUGUAUUUCAGUCUCUUAAGGUCUUUGCAGCUCUUCUCCUAUUCACUGUUGUCUCAGAUAUAUUCAUGAGAUAUGAUGAAUCUGCUAGCCACAAAAGUCCAAUAUACCAAAUAGAAUAGAGGGGACCAGUCGAGUUUUAAGGGAGUAAAGGAGAGAAGCCUUUGUUUUCUAUUUUAGAUUAUUCCCUUUUCACAUUCUAAUUUCUUAAGGGUUUGGCUUGAUUUAUGCCAGAUUCUGGGGCUAUAAGCCUACAUUAAUGUAUCACAGUUCUGGAGAGGAUAUUUGAUAUCCCUUUCUUAGUCCAGAAUCUCAAAUGAUAAGGAGCUAUAGUUAAUGAUAUGUAUGUAGUAUUUUGUUGAACUUUACAAUAUAGAUCUCUUGUAGUUCCUGUAUCUAUAACAAUUGGAUUCAUCCUUGUGCUUUUCCAUAGAUGCACUGGUAUUUACUGACGUAGAUCAAUAGAGGACUCUGAACUAUUUGACGGUCUGGGUACAUACAGUCAUCUCACAUUAUUUAAGUCCUGAUCUCAGAAUUCUAAUUUCUCUGUAUUCCCCACUGUAUAUAACGUGUACUUGCUUGAACUUCCUUAUAUAUUGCUUAUACAUUCUACUUUCAGCACAUACCAGUUCCUUCUAUUUAAAUUGCCCUCUCAACUGUCCUUAACCAAUUCAUGCAUUAUCUUUUAAAAAUCUACCUCCUGUAGAAAACCAUCUCUAAUUAAUCUUAUUUACCUAAUUCCUUUAUUCUGAGACUUCUGUUUCCCACUUCAUUGAACUGUUUACAUUGUAAAUUGUUGCUUGUGUACACUGUCACCCAACAAGCAUAAUGAUUCUAGGAAUAAUGAUCUUCCUCCAUCCCCUUGUCUUUAUUUAUUAUACACAAACAUUUUGAAGGCCUACUGAUGACCUUUACAAUUUCCCCAGAGUUCUGGUCCACCUUCCAUACCA